AUAUGUGAUUCUAAUCUAUCCAAAUUGUUCUGUUGCUCUUAGUUGUCCCAGGAAAUGGAGGCCGGCAGCAUUAAUGUUUUCGUGUUGCUUUUAUGGUCCCCAGAGUAUAUUGAUUUCCCUGUGAAUGAGCUCUUCUUGGCGCAUGGCAGUUGGUUAGAAAGUGUGUUCAGCCAGGCGUGGUGGCUCACCCUUUUAAUCCCAGCACUUUGGGAGGCCGAGGCGGGCAGAUCAUCUGAGGCUGGGAGUUCGAGACCAGCCUGACCAACAUGGAGAAACCCCAUCUCUACUAAAAAUACAAAAUCAGCUGGGCGCAGUGGUGCAUGCCUGUAAUCCCAACUACUUGGAAGGCUGAGGCAGGAGAAUCCCUUGAACCCGGGAGGCGGAGGUUGCGCACCCAGUCAAUGUGAGACGAGACCCCAGCAUCCUUAUCUAUGGACUCCGACGGUCCAUCUUACUAAAUACCAGGCUUCAGGACUGCUAUGUGGACUCACCGGCUCUCACCAACAUGUGGAUGGCCAGAACAUGUGCAAAGCAGAACAUUAACGCCCCAGCACCAGCUACCACUUCCUCUUGGGAAAUUGUAAGGAACCCAUUAAUUGCCAGUUCCUUCUCACCGGUUAAGCUUGUACUCAGGCGGCAACUGAAGAAUAAAUGCUGCCCAGCACCACGCAAGUUUGAAGAAGGAAAACUCUCAAAGAGAUUAAAGCACAAGGACGAUUCAGUGAUGAAAGCCACCCAGCAGGCCGGGAAAAGAAACUCCAUCAGUUCCAAGAGCAAGCGGCCAGCAGGGCACAGGAGGCCUGCAGGAGGCAUCAGAGAGGGUAAAGAAAGUUCAAAGGAGAAAAAACUAACAGUCCGCCAAGAUCUUGAGGACAGAUAUGCUGAACAUGUGGCUGCCACCCAAGCGCUACCCCAGGACAGUGGGAUAGCAGCCUGGAAGGGCCGAGUGUUGCUUCCUGAAACCCAAAAGAGACAGCAGUUGUCGGAGGACAUGCUAACCAUCCACGGUCUCCCCAUAGAGGGUUACCAGGCUCUGUACCACGCUGUGGUGGAGCCAAUGCUGUGGAAUCCUUCAGGGACCCCCAAGAGGUACAGCCUGGAGCUGGGCAAGGCCAUUAAACGAAAGCUCUGGGAGGCUCUGUGCAGUCAAGGUGCCAUCUCUGAAGGUGCUCAGAGGGACCAGUUCCCUGGCAGGAAGCAGCCGGGUGUCCAUGAGGAGGCUGUACUCAAGAAAUGGCCCAAGUUAAAGAGCAAAAAAUAGGACCAGGAACUCGUGGGAUUAGAGUAUUCUCUGCUAGAGAUCUGAAAAAUAAACACAACUUUGCACCUUC